AUGACGCAUCUCACGGCCCUCAUCGAGUCGCAGAAGGGCCCCGUACACACAUACGAGUUCUUCCCGCCUCGGACAGAGCAGGGCUUCACCAACCUCCUCGACCGUAUCCGUCGCUUGACCCUCCCGCCGCUCCGACCUCCAGUCGCCGUGUCCGUGACAUGGGGUGCCGGCGGCAGCACCUCGGACCGCUCCCUGGAGCUGGCUGACGCCAUCACCAAGAUGGGUGUCGAGGUCAUCCUCCACCUGACCUGCACAAACAUGCCCAAGGAGAAGGUCGAUACUGCCCUUGCUGAGCUUGGUAUUACCAACAUUCUCGCUCUUCGUGGCGAUGCCCCUCGUAGCGAUGAGUACGCGACUGACGCCGACGCGAACAUGGACGAGUUCCAGCACGCCGACGACCUCGUUCGCUACAUCCGCAAGCAGUAUGGUGACUACUUCUGCAUCGGUGUUGCGGGAUACCCCACUCCGCACCCGGACUCUCUUGACGCCGACGACGACCUCAAGUGGCUGAAGGAGAAGUGUGAUGCCGGAGCCGACUACAUCAUUACCCAGCUGUUCUACGACGUGCCCGCGUUCGCCGACUGGGUGCAGCGCUGUCGCCAGGCCGGUAUUGCGCAGCCCAUCAUCCCCGGCAUCAUGCCGAUCCAGAGCUAUUCGUCGUUCCGCCGCCUCAUCAACCUCACAAAGUGCACCGUGCCCGACUACAUCAUGCAGGAGCUGGAGCCGAUCAAGACGAACGACGCCGCCGUGAAGCAGUACGGCGCCUCCCUCGCGACCGAAAUGGUCAAGAAGCUUAUGGCGUCGAAGCUUGUUCCGGGCGUGCACUUCUGCACUUUGAACCUAGAGAAGUCGGUCCGGACGAUCCUCGAGAAUCUGCAGUGGAACUCGAAGAAGGUGCACGACUCGAUCCACUCGUCUCCCGUGAGCCGGCACAACCAGCUGAUCAGCGAGGAGGCGCUGGAGAUGGACGAUGGCGAGGAGAAGGUGCCGCUCGCCGUGUCGGCGGCCGACGUCGCUCAGUGGGUUAAGAACACGCGCGAGCACACUGCCGUCGGCGGCGAGCCGAGCUGGGACGAGUUCCCGAACGGACGUUUCACCGACGUGCGCUCGCCCGCGUACGGCGAGAUUGACGGAUGGGGCAACGGCCUCAAGAUCACGCCUGCCCAAGCGCUCAAGGAAUGGGGCACGCCGGCCACGUUCGAGGACCUCUCCGACAUGUUCACGCGGUAUCUCCGCAGCGACCCGGGAACGCCAACGACCCCGUUCUGCGACAUGCCCUUGUCGCCCGAGUCGCAGACCAUUCUCGACUCGCUCAUCGCGCUCAACGCCCCGGACAAGCGGUACUGGACUGUCGGAUCGCAGCCGGCCGUCGACGCUGCGCGCUCCGAGGACCCGGUGCAUGGCUGGGGCCCGCCGGGAGGUUACGUUUUCCAGAAAGCUUACGUCGAGUUCUUCGUGCCCAAGUCCGAGGUCGAGCGGCUCGAGAAGAAGCUCGCGGGCGAGAAGUCCACGCUCUUCAGCAUGUACGCUGCCAACCGACAGGGAGACACGGCGGGCAACACGGACAAGGAGAGCGUGAAUGCCGUCACGUGGGCUGCGUUCCCGGGCCAGGAGAUUGUGCAGUCGACGAUCAUUGAGGAGCUCUCCUUCCUCGCGUGGAAGGAGGAGGCGUUCGAGAUCUGGGACGAGUGGGCGCGCCUGUACCCGCGCAACUCGCCGGCGCGCAAGCUGAUCGAGAACGUAAGCGACGAGUGGUGGCUCGUCUGCCUGAUCCACCACAACUACAAGGACACGGAGGGUCUGUGGCGCUUCCUCCUCGACAACUAA